AUGCCUAAUAAAGAUCCAACAACAAAAAGAUAUACUUAUAGAGCUAAUAAGGAAGAAAAUAGAAAAGAAUUAAAACAUGUCAAAAUAGUUGUUGACGAAGAUGCUAAGAAAUUGAAAAAGAUAGACUUACCAAAAAAAAGAUUUUAUAGACAGAGAGCACAUUCAAAUCCAUUUUCUGAUCAUCAAUUAGAUUAUCCAAUAUCACCUGAUCAAAUGGAUUGGUUUAGAUUAUAUCCUCACUACUAUGAUGAAACUAAAAAGGAAAUGACACAAAAGGUUACAAUUGCUGAUAUUGGCUGUGGGUUUGGUGGGUUAUUAAUUAAAUUAUCUCCAUCAUUUCCACAAGAUUUGAUAUUGGGUAUGGAAAUUCGUGUUCAGGUCACUAAUUAUGUUGAAGAUCGAAUUAUUGCACUAAGGAACAAUCAUGUGAAAAAAAAUGGCUAUCAAAACAUCAAUGUUAUUAGGGGUAAUGCAAUGAAAUUUUUACCAAACUUUUUUGAAAAAGGUCAAUUGUCCAAAUUAUUUUUCUGUUUCCCUGACCCACAUUUUAAGCAAAGAAAGCAUAAAGCAAGAAUUAUAACAGAUACUUUAUUAUCAGAAUAUGCAUACGUAUUAAAAGAAGGUGGUAUUAUUUAUACCAUUACAGAUGUAAAAGAUUUACAUGAAUGGAUGGUUAAACAUUUAGAAAGUCAUCCAUUAUUUGAAAGGUUAAGCAAGGAAUGGGAAUCUACAGAUAAAUGUGUUGAAAUUAUGACAAAUUCUACAGAAGAAGGUCAAAAAGUUGAGAGGAAAAGGGGUGACAAAUAUAUAGCUUGUUUCAAAAGAUUGCCAAUUCCAGAAAUUAUUUAA